UUUCUUUCCUACCCUUCUUCCCAUUCUCUCUCUCUCUCUCUCUCACACACACACUUCCAACAUAAGAAAGAAAACAAAGAUAUUGGUUCUGGAGCAUGACCAAAACAAAUCCAUUGUGGGACUUCUCCUGAUCACCACUUCCUCUUCUUAAUUUCCAUCUCAAUUUGGAUCAGAAUCAUGGACCGUUAUGAAGUGAUCAAAGAUAUUGGUUCUGGGAAUUUUGGGGUGGCAAAGCUUGUCAGAGAUGUCAACACUAAUGAGUUUUUUGCAGUCAAGUUUAUCGAGAGAGGAGAAAAGAUUGAUGAGAAUGUUCAAAGGGAAAUCAUGAAUCACAGUUUACUGAAGCAUCCAAAUAUUGUGAAAUUCAAGGAGGUCUUGCUAACAAGCACACAUCUUGCCAUUGUCAUGGAGUAUGCUGCUGGUGGUGAGCUCUUUGAGAGGAUAUGCAAUGCAGGGAGAUUCAGUGAGGAUGAGGCAAGGUUCUUCUUUCAACAACUGAUAUCAGGAGUCAGCUAUUGCCAUUCUAUGCAAAUAUGUCACAGAGAUCUCAAGCUUGAAAACACUCUAUUGGAUGGCAGCCCAGCACCUCGCCUUAAGAUUUGUGACUUUGGUUAUUCCAAGUCAGCAGUAUUCCAUUCACAACCAAAAUCAACAGUAGGCACUCCUGCUUACAUUGCUCCAGAGGUUUUAUCCAAAAAGGAAUACGAUGGAAAGAUUGCAGAUGUCUGGUCAUGUGGUGUCACACUGUAUGUGAUGUUGGUUGGUGCUUAUCCAUUUGAGGACCCAGAUGAUCCAAGGAACUUCAGAAAGACAAUUGAACGAAUACUUAGUGUCCAGUACACUAUACCUGAUUACGUGCGGAUAUCAGCAGAAUGCAAACAUCUCUUAUCCCGGAUAUUUGUAGCCAAUCCUGAACAGAGGAUAACUAUUCAGGAUAUAAAGAACCAUCCUUGGUUUGUGAAGAACCUGCCGAUUGAGCUGACUGAUGAGUAUCAAGCCAACGUGAGGAGUAUUGAUGCAAAUACUCCGUCUCAGAGCAUGGAAGAGAUUAUGUCCAUCUUGCAGGAGGCGAGAAAGCCCGGAGAUGUUCAAAGAUCAGAUAUCGGUGGCUUAGUUGAUGGCAGUACAGAGCUUGAUGAUAUGGAUGAUGAUUUAGAGCUUGAUGAAGAUGUUGACACAAGUGGAGACUUUGUAUGUGCACUGUAACUGUUAAGACUUGUUGUUUGCAUUGUGCUGUGUGGUACAUACAUUUCAGUUAUAAAUGGUAGUGAAUUCUGAUGGAAUUGAGGAAUGUUCUAUGUAAAUGUUUGCCAUGUUUUUUCUUA